AAGUAAGAUAAAGUGAAAAGGCAAAUACCAGUAAUAAUGUAGUAUCCGUUUACAUAAAAUGAUUAAGUCAAUUUUUAGUGUUAAUAUUGUAAUUUUAGCAAUAAACUUAUCUGUAAGUUUAGAAGCUACUUGCAAGGGAAAAAUAAUUUCUGAUUUGAAUCAAAAAACCUGCACAGAUAAGGCCACAACAGAAACAGCCUAUUACUUAGAUAGAAGUGGUUGCAUACCAAAAUGUAGUAUAUAUUCAACAGACGUACAAGGUAGUUGCGACAAGGAUCCUACAGUCUGCAUUUCCGGUUAUAACUGUGAAAAUAGAUGCUCCGGGAGUGACUAUCAAAAAUAUUCUUGCCAAACAGAUAGCGACUGUACGACGUACUUUGCUAGAUCUAAGUGCUUAAAAUUUUGCAUGCCGGAAACUAUUAAUGAAGACGAUGGCAAAGUUCCAUGUAUGGCAUAUCAUUCCAAUGUCCCAGAUUAUAUAAAUAACUAUUGGACCGCUAAAAAAUUUAAGCCUACAUGUGAUGAUGAUGGAAUCUGGUUACCAAAACAAUGUAAAGGCGGCCUAUUAGGCAGGUGCUUUUGCUAUAGUUCUCAUGGUAUACGUUUAUUUGGAGAAGCCCUUUAUGUGGACUCAGCAAAUAUGACUUGUGCUUGUAGCAGAAAAAAAUACGAACUAGAAUCAGCCGGCCGCAGUUUUGCCUCGUUACAUUGUGAUAGUGUGGGAAACUAUGAAAAACUACAAUGCGAUAUGGAAAAAGAAAUUUGUUGGUGUACCGAGCCACUAACUGGAGAACUAACUUCACCAGUAGUACCAUCUAAGGCAAUGAAGAAACUACCUUGUUAUUCAGAAGGAACCGUCGGAAUUCAAUAUUUACGGCAGUGCGAAAGUAAAAAAUUCGCUACAGCAAUGAUAACAGCCAAAUUAAAGGCUCACGGUGUUCAGGUCGUUGCAGCCGAUACGCUUCUGUGUGAUGCCGAUGGUGGAUACGGUGCAUAUUCAAUAUCUAGUGGAAUAGCAUACUGCACAUGGAGAAAUAACACUAAGAUUGGAACAUGGCAAGCAAAUCUUUCUGGGCUAAAAGAUAAACUCACUUGCAGCAAGGCAACCAGAGAACCAAAGGAAGUAACCUUGCACAUGCUUUGUUUCCCCACCCUAACUGGAAGUGCUAGAGCUUAUUACACAAAAUUGGAUAUUCGAUUCGAUUGUGCUAGAGAUACUUAUGUUUACGGUCCUUCUCUUUCGUGUGAUGGUAAUGGUAAUUAUGAAGUGUUGCAGGAAACAACUGAUUCUACCGGCAAGAAAAAAUAUUAUUGCGUGGAUGCGGAUGGCUUUAGCAAAAGCGACUUACUUGAUAGUGCGACCACGAAUUGUAGUCUGUUUUAUUAAUGUUAUAUCCAAAUUUAAAUAAAUUACAAUGUUACAGUUUAUACAGUUCGGAUUCUUAUAUCUUCAUAAUGUAAAACUUUAUGUAUGCACUAAUAAAUAAUAUCCUUAAACUA